AUGGCCAAGCCUAUCAAUGUGGAGGCGCAGAGGGUCUGAAAGAUCCUCGAUGACCUAGUCGAGAAACUAGAAGUCACUUCUCACCUGACUUCUGAACUAUUUACCAACAUUAUUGCACAAGAUCUGAGCCUAGACCAGUUGUUCUCGUAUGAAUUAAAGAACCAACUACAGUAUCAUGCUCAACUUGAAAGAUCAUUCAAGGAGAAUAACCUGACUAUUGACCAUAAAAUAAUGCCUGAUGAUGAUCAGCAAAUGACCGAUGAGUAUAGAGCCACCUCUAAGAAAUUGCAGAAGUCAACAUCAAAGUUGAUUAGGCUCAUCUUAAAAGACAAGGAGGAAAACCUUCAUAAUCUUAGAAGGCUUGACGACCACAGGAGUACCGAUAUGGCUGAUUUUUUAAAUUAUGUUACUAAAAUGCGUGAUCUCUGGCGCAUCAAACUAAGCACUUCUCUUGAAGAACAGAAUGGCAAGGACCAAGUAGUCGAGGAACUGACCACUAAGAACAAGAAUUUGAGGAAACGUUUGAAGGAAAAGCAAACAGCUUUUGCUAACUUCCAGCAAAAGACAGAUGAGAGGCGUGAGCAACUAGAGAAUGAGAGAUCUAAACUUACAACUGAACGCUCCUCCGAAGCUAUGAAGAAGGAGAAAGAGAGAGAACGCAUUCAAGAGAAUAAGAAACAGCAUGACAAAAAGAUGAAGGAGCUUAAAGAGAAAAGGGAUCAACUACAAAAUAUCUAUACUACUGAGCUGGCUAACCUCACCAAGAAGGAAGAUCCUGAGAAUGAAGAGAAGCUUAGGAAGGACUUUGAUAGAGCUGAGAAUAAUUGUAGAGAUAGCAUCCUGAACUAUGACAAAGAUAUGGAGAAGAAUCAUGAAAGUUUGAACAACCUUAAAGAGCAAUAUUCUAAAGUUCAAGAGGAACUUGCUCUAGUGGAAAAUCUCUAUAGAGGCAAAUUGGAAGAGAAAAGAAGAAAGGAAGAAGAGAUUAUGAAGAAACAGAAGCUUGAGCAAGAAAGAGAUCAACAAAUUGGCAUGCUCGAUAAGGCUGCUGAAUGGAUACAGGCCCAUUACAGAGGACUUAUCACCAGAAGAGCUUAUAACAAGAAAGGAAAGAAGGGUAGAAAAGGCAAGAAGAAAGGCUAAAUCAGAAUUAAUUCAAAUUUCUUGGCA